AUAGAUAAUCGUAAAUACAGGCACCAGACAGUCGUGGGUAAAUAGUGAUAAAUAGCAAAACUUUCUCUUGCAAAGAAAAAAUAAACAACAAAAUAAACAUGAAAAAGACGCGACUUUUCUCCGUUCAAAGCUCCGACUUUUUCAUCCGAAAUGAGGUAAUCGAAAAGUUCUGAGAUCUUCUCCUUCUUCUCCUUCUUCUCCUUCUUCUCCUUCUUCACCAACUACUUCCCAUGCUGAAAGACAUUCUCUUUUCCACCGCUGCAAUUCGCUGCUUGCUUCCCAAGGCCCUCGUCAGACACUACAGCCUCCCCAUCGCCCUCCUGGCAGACCUCUCUCUGCCCGAGUACACCCUCACCUUUCCCCUUCGUAAAGUGCCUGUGCUCUUCUCCCUCCAUCAGCAGCACUUGUCUGAGGUGGCUGCCAUCCUCUUCUACCUCAACUCCUUGGCCUCCAACAGAGACAACUUGGUUCCCGCCGACACCACCGCCAACAGCUACUUCCAGGUCAUUCGCUGGUUGUCCUUCUUCACCUCGGAGUACGUCCCAGCCCUCGCCCUCUGCUUCAAACAGCUUGAUGGCAGAUUGCCCUACAACAGGCCCCAGUACGACGACAGCCUCUCCAAGAUCGCUGUUAUGUCCCUGAUGCUCGAGCACCACUUGCUGCUUCACAACGGCUUCCUCGUCGAGCCCAACCACAUCACAAUGGCUGAUCUCUUUGGUGCCUCCUGUGCCCUCAGAGGCUUCAACUUCUUUUUCGACGCAGCCUGGAGAAAGGACCAUCCCAUCACCACCUCCUGGUUUCUCAACGUCACCAGCAGCCCCAUUCUCAAGGACGACUUUGCUGCCUUCCAGUUCAUUAACAAGGCCCACGAAUUGGCUCCUCAAUAGCGAUUCCUGCACUGUUCUUCAAUACCUGUUCCUCAAUACUCUCCCCAAUAACUCAACACACUGAGAAUGCUUAUUUUCGGCCCUCGGGCACGUGAUGUUGUUUUUCUCC